UCCGUUGGGAUUUUCGUUAAGUAAAACAGGAAAUUUUUGUAUUUCAAUUCAUUACUAUUCUCGGGGAUAUCUGAACUGGAGCCUAUUUUGGUUUCCUUUGCUUAGUCAGAGAGGAAAUAUAUGCAAGUAGAUGAUGGCAAGAAGGGACUGAUGUUUUGCGUAUUGCUGUUCACUGGGACUUCGUGUGUACAGACAAAAGUGUAGCUCCCUUGGUUGUGAACAAUCAACCCUGUGAUCUGCAAUUUCUAUUGUCAUUACCUAGAGAAUUGCAGUGAUUUGCUAAGCAUUGGAGAAUUUUUAUGGUUUAUGUGGAGGAUUAGUUUAUUGCCAUCUUCUCUUGUUUUGGGAAUUGCUCAUCUUCCUCCUGCUAAAUUGUUAUGGCAAUUGGUCCGUGUGUUCUGAUAUUUUCGUCAUUGCCAUUCAUUAGACAGCCAAAACAAUGCUUUAUUCCGAAAGUCUUCACUCCAUUAUUUUGUUUUACUCACUAUAGACUGAAAGUCUGCAAGUCCAUCCCCCAAAAGUGUCUUUAAUUAGAAUGCAUCUAUCAUUGAAACACAACUAUAUUGCUGUACGCAUAAGGUUCCUGUAUGUGGAGAUUGCAUCUGCUUUCCUGAACACAGUGCUUGUGAGGAUCCUCAUCUCGAACUGGUUACACAUGUCCUUCAUACAAAUCAUAGGUAAUUGGGAUUAUGAGAAUACAAUAAUGGCUCAUAGAGAGAUGAGACUGAAUUAUGAGGAGGCUGCUCUUGCUCAACGCUAUGGACAUGGAUAGUAUUUGGUGAAUAGAGAAGAAGCUGAAUUCAUUGAUUUUAUUAUCCUCAACUAUGAGGAUAAUUAUUUUGAGUAUUCAUUUGAGGAUCUUGGUUUUGUAAAUAAUGAAAUGGAAGAUAACCAGCAUAUGGAAGGUGCUGCAAUUAGUGAUGAAAAAGCCGCAGAGAUUUUGGGAUUGCCCAGUGAAGGAAUAAAUUGUGAUCCUAAGAAUAUAUGUGCCAUAUGCCUGGAUCCCUUACAAAAUUGUUUUGGGGAUAUGAAAGAGCUUCCUUGUAAGCACCUCUAUCAUUACAACUACAUUCUCAGAUCCACCAAAAUUAAGAAUAGUUCUCCCAUGUGUCGUGAGAAAUAUGACUAUAGGGAAAGGAAGUCAAAUUGAAGACAAUAAUCAAUAUUGAUAUUGUAUUUUUCAACUUAUCAGUUACUCCUAUAUGUUUCUUGGAUAUAUUUAUUUA